UCAGUCUCUUCUUGGGACGUGAACGCGCAAGGAUGGGUUCCGACAAUGAGCCACGAACCGCCCACAAUCCAGAAUUUUAAAUACAGUGCCAUUAAUCAUUAAAUUAUAAAUUGUUUACAAUUUAUGAACUAAUUUUAUUGCAAUAAAAUACUUAAAUAAUAAUUGUUACACAAAUAUUUCUACUCUUAAAUAUUUAAACAAUUUGACGUGAAUGUCAUAAACAAUUGUGGUAAUUAAAAUAUUUUUUCAUUCGUUAGUGAUUAAAUUAUGAACUAUUAAUCGUCAUUCAUUCUAUUAUAAAAUUAUAUUGACCGUAAAGUGUAAAUGUCUAUAGAUAUUUAAGUUAAAGGAUUUAUUGUAUCUUCAUAUAUAUAUAGUUAUUCGUAAAUUAAUCUAAAUAUCUAUGAUAAAUUUACGGCACAAAGUUGAAUUUAACGAGUGGUGCUGGGCGGACGGGUGAAAAAAUAUUAGCAAGUGGACUUGCGUAGAUUUUCGUCAGACAUAAGGGUAGUAAACUCGCAUGGCAAACGUGAGUCUAGCUGGAUAAUAACGAUUAGACAAACUCAGCAAUAAUGUCAGUGCUACUGGAAGCAAGGCCUUACAGGCCAUUCAAAUCCUCCGAAGAGUACUUGAUCGCAAUGAAGGAGGAUCUUGCCGAGUGGCUGAACGCUUUGUACCCAGAAUUAAGGAUAAACCUGGAUAAUUUUAUGGACAGGCUUGACACAGGGGUACCUCUUUGCAAGCACGCCAACAAUGUGCGAAAAGCAGCCUCCGACUACAUAGUACGUCGUCAAGCCCGAAAGCAGAUGACACGUUCGAUAACUUCAUCUCUAGCUGUGCCUAUGUGCCAGUUGAGUGACGUGGCCUUCCUACCAAACGCCAAGGCUGGUACUUUCUUCGCCCGUGACAACGUGUCAAAUUUUAUAAGUUGGUGUCGUAAUAGUCUUGGUAUCAUUGAUUGUCUACUUUUUGAGAGCGACGACCUCAUAAUGCGAAAAAAUGAAAGACACGUGAUACUUUGUUUACUCGAGGUCGCGAGACGCGGCGCUAAGUUCGGUAUGCUUGCCCCUAUGCUUGUGCAAAUGGAACGACAAAUAGACCGUGAGAUAGCCGCUGAAAAUAAAGCAUCUAAUGGCACCGGAAAUGAUGAGAGUGAUGAUGAAUACGGUGAAAUGCAACAAGAAGAGCCAUAUUUAAUUUACGGACCACAACCACAAAUUGUUACCAACGAUCUCAAGAGCCUCGAUGAAAUGGUUCGUGAUUUAGUGGAAAAAUGCACCUGUCCGACCCAGUUUCCGAUGAUUCGCGUAUCCGAAGGCAAAUACAGAAUUGGCGACACUAAAGUUCUCAUUUUUGUGAGAAUUUUAAGGAGCCACGUUAUGGUACGAGUGGGCGGUGGUUGGGACACUCUCAGUCACUAUCUCGAUAAACACGAUCCAUGUCGUUGUCGUACUUCACAUCGAUCAAUGAUUUCUGCAAAACUUAUUCAAAAAGCCAGUGGGUCCUUCGACCUUGGUAGUGCGCAGGUGCAUUACGAAAGAUCACCUCCAAGAACACGCAGGAGUUCGGCUUCAAGUGUGGGUUCUUGCGGUGGCACAGUACAGCAGCAGCAACAGCAACAACCCCACUCUCUUCAAACACCACGAAGCGUAUCGACAAAUCGAUCUCGCUCGCCGACGCCGCAUCACACAACCCGACAGCAUCUCGGCGAAGAUCUGACACGCGCAAACAACCGAUCAAUGAGUCCUACCCCUCAGACCAAAGGGAGUCCAGUGCACCAUGCAGCUAAUGACCUUGAGAGGAAGCAGCGGUCAAGGUCCCCGACGCCCAAAUCAGAUGGAGCUAAAUCUGGUCGUACAAGUCCUCUUGAUGCCACCAGAAAGGCAUUGAAUGAAGAAAUACGACAGGUCAAGUACGACAACAGAUCACAAAUGUAUCACACCCGUCAUCAGGAUAACUAUCAGGAUCCUAAGAAAGAUCUUCAUCAAGAAAUACGAGCUAAAGUUCCACUCUCGGAGGAAUUUUCAAAACGUUAUGUCGUUGAAGGCGGAGUAGCACGACGUGCUUUUGACAAAGAAGAUACACCAAAGUAUGAACCGGCGAUUUAUAAUUACAAGUGCGGUCAAGAUUCAAGUAAUAGUCGCAGUCCUACGCCCAGUCCACCGGCAAUAAAAGAAGAAACAAUCGAUUCAUUUGGAAAGGAUGUGUGCCAUUAUACUAAGUCCGGUCAUGAUGGUGAGCACUCGGAUAACGGGAGUGAAGUGUCUGAUGAGGGUUAUAGGAGCUUAGGUGCUGUUCAGCCACCAGCACCUACUUCCAACGGUACUAACACCACCACCACCAGCAUCAUUGCUGGUAUCACCAACAGCCAAGGCUCGCCCACGGUUGUCGACUGUCCAAAACAACCGUUUACUAAAUUGGAGAAAGAACGUUCUUGUGUCGACACGGAAAGUAUAGAAACAGGUUUAAGAAAAACAAAAGUAUCUCCAGCAAGUCCACUGCGUAAUUCACCAUCACGAAGUGUCACUAGUUCGUCAGGAGAACGGACACCUCGUGCAAAUUCAAUGGUUCGUGAAAAUAGUAAUCUAUCCAGAUGUUCUUCAGGUAGUAGAACACCACGAGAAGGUAAUUCAAGUCCCGAAGGCAGUCCCCUAAAACGUAAUGCCGUGAGAAAUAGUAUUAAAAAAUUACCACCAGCUGUAACUGUCAGUAAAGCAUCAGCAUUACCACGAGUUCAUCAAAAUCACUUGACAGCUGGUAGUAACACUUGGAAUGGAAGACAAUCAAAACAAAGAGUUGGAUUGUCAUCUGAUACUUUUGUCAGUCCGUCCUCAUCGCCUAUUCACAAUACAAAUAAUAGUGGAAAUGUUAAUCGUGCAUCACCAACUAAUUUUUCACGUAAAAAUUCAACGAGACAAAGUCUUCCCAAGUCGUCAUUAAUGAACGGUGUUCAGUAUGACAGAAAUGGAAGACGAAUAAAACCGCCAUCAUCAAGUGUUUCUCUCCAAUCAUCACCGACCAAAGCUGCUAAUCCACUAUUAGAACAAAUUUUACAAAAAGUUGGCCAUCUACAAGAUGACAAACAAGUUGUACAAAAACUUCAAGACUUUUUGAGAGAUUAUCAAAGUCAUACUGGCGAUGGUGAACCGAAUCUUGAAUUCACGCGGGCGUGGAUUGAUGGAAACGGUACGGUAGCACUGCCUCAAGAAGUUCCAGUUGUUACCAGUCCUAGAAAAGAUCCUAAAGCUACUAAUGAACGUGGUAAUUUUUCGAGAAUUCCCGCUCCCGUUUAUAAACGAGCAAUGUCUGUCGCAUCUGACAGUAUAUGAAACGGUAAGAAUUUUAAAAAUAGUAAUAAGUUAUAAUAAUAAAUAAUUCACUACGCAAAAGUAGUUCCGCAGUUGGACCUAAUGAGAUUUUUCAGUAAAUAAAAAUAAAUUUAUUCUAAACACUAACUUUAGAAUAUAUUUAUACGAUAUUUAUAAAUCGAUUGAUAAUAAUAAUAUUUACCAAUAUAUAGACUCAUCUAUAAAAGAUUUAACUCUUCGUCAGUCGCGUUGCGGUGUUCUGUCACUAUUUUUUUUAUUGCAGCGUCGUCAGAUUUAAAUUAACUAUCAAUUAUAACAACAGCUAAAAAUCUGAGAUGUGGCAACGUCGCAUACUAAAUUUAUCAGUUAACUCAAAUCACGUCGGUGAAAUAUUACUACACUAUUUAAUUUUUCCAAAACGUAUUUACUAUAAUUCUUUAAAUAUUUACAAUAAAAAAGUAUUUAAAAAAACGUGUUAUUUAGUCAAUACUAUAAAGAUUACACAGUGAAUUGGCGAAAUAAAAAAAAAACUAAGACGUAUUUUUACAAAAUAAAUAUUUAUAUAAAAAUACGGCGCUCUGCUCAUUGGGCGGCGGACGAGGAGUUACUUUUUCGUUAAGAAAAAAAAAUUAUUAUUUAAUAAUUUUAUGUUCGAAGUAUAAUGAUAAACUUUUAAUAACCCGACAUUAUUUUAGUAUACUAAAAAUAUAUAUAUAUAUAUAUAUAUAUAUUUUUUUUUUAGUCUUAAUAUUAAUCGAUUUAAAAAUAUUUAAAUCAAAGUUUAUAAUAAAAAUCUCUGUAAAAUAUUAAAAUUGAAUACUAAAUAAAACUGACGUAAAUCCGUUGUUAACAACGGGGCUUAAUAAGAGCGAUUAUCAACAGUAAUUUGUGACAACAGUAGCUUCGAAGUGAGAUAAUAAAUUAUUAAAUCAAAACAUAAUAAUAAUAAUAAUUUAAAAUAAACAAGUAAAUAAAUAAAGCGUAAGAUGACAAUAGAGGUAUGAUAAAAAGUAGAAGCAUAUCCAAGUGUUGUUGCGGAAGUAGCUAGGGAUGUUUCGUUUCUUUUAACAUAAAAUCAUUUUUUUUUUAAAUUAUUCUUCUUGCUGUUAUCUUUUUUUGCGGCCAGUUCCGGAAAAUUAAUUAUAGAGUGACUGAGAGAGGAAGAAGAUUAUGCCGGCUUAUAGAAGCCUCUAAAGGAAACUUGACGUCCUUGAGCUUUUUUUUUUAAUAUUAUAACAUAAUUAUUAUUAUUAUUGUCAUUAUUAUUUUAAACUCGGUGCAGCAGCGAGUUAAAUACCUCGGUGAUACCUGGAGAGCUUGACAAAGCUCUCAGGAUGGUGCUUAAAUACGAUUGAAUAGAUGUAUAUGAUUAAUUAAUUAUUUUAAGUUAUAGAUUUGUCGCUUAUAACUUUAAUGAUAAUUCAUAUAAAUAUAUAUUUAAAUAAUUAAUAAAAGUUAUUAAAUAAACAAUAUUCGAGCUAAAAUAAUUUUUAGGCAUUGAGUGUCUUAUGUUGUUGAUGACCCUGUUAAAUCUGAAUUACGGUAAUUUACCGCAGUCUGCCGUAAUUUACCGUAGGAUACGGUAUUUUUACCACAGGUUAGCCGCAAUUUGCGGUAAUUUACGGUGUUUUUCAGGGGGUUACGGUAAAAUACCGCGGGCCUUCCUCAAUUUUACGAUAAAUUACCGUUCUCUUACUGCAAAUUUGCGGUAAAAAUACCGUUAUUUUGCCGUAAAAUACCGUAAUUCGUUCGAAUACCGUAAAUUACACUUAGAGAACAGUUUAUUUGAGCCAAAUAAAAUUUUUUUCAGGCAAAUAAAUCCCAUAUUUGAAUGGACCCAAUCAAUAUUUAUUUGAGACAAAGAUAUGGUUCAUUUGAAUGAAGUAAUGAUUUGUUUAUAGUUAACAAAUCUGUAUUUGGAUGGUAGCACUGUAGCGCCACCAGCCGUAGUGUAUUUUUUUCAACCAAGAUUUGUUAACUAUAAACAAAUAUAUAUUUGAAUGAAAUGAAUGAUUUUGUUCAGUCAAAUAAAUCUAUUUAUUUGGCUCAAAUAAAUUAUUCUCUCAGUGUACGAUAAUUACCGUAAUUUGGAUCUACCAGGCGAUUUUUUUUUACUACCUAAAUAUAUUUUUAAAAAAUUUAAACAAAAUUAGAGCAUGAUUUUCAAUAAUCAAUAAAUCAUCACUUGGUUUUAAAGUUUUAUAAUUUUUUUAAAAUUAGCGUCAAAUUGUUUUUAUCGAAAUUAUUUAUUUAUAUAGUCUAUUGGUUAUAUUUAUUAAAAUAAAUUUAUUUGCAUGUUAAUUAUACUUCGCUUUAUUAAUAAAAAAAAAAAAAACUGAAAUAAAGUGAAGUAGUAAUAAAUAAAUUUUAGAAAAUAAAUUUGUGUAGAAAAAAAUGUAUAAUUAAUUUAAAAAUGUCCCUAACAGACUGCAUUAGAUAGCGUAUCAGAAUAAAUGUCAUUCCAAUAUUUAAAAUUUUUUUAUACCAAAAUUGUGUAGAAGCCUUUUUUACAUACCAAGUGUCUUAAUAUGUAGUUUAAAAUUCAAUGAUAAAUUUGAAUGUAAAAACAUUAGAUAAUUUUUGACCGUAAAAGCCCGAUUUUGGUGCAUUUGAGCUUAAUUUUAUAACGUAGUCUUUAAAAAUAAAAAAAAAAGUUUUUAAAUAAAAAAUAUAGAUAAAAUUUUAAAUAAAAAUGGGUCGUACAAAAAAUUCUUCAUAGAUUAUACGCGUGAUCACGAUAAAAAUACCGAAACUAUUUUUUAGCAUUAUACAUAGAUAACUUUAGAAUAAAUAAAAUAAAAUUUUUAAUAGAGCAAAAAUAAGUAUAUUUAUAAAUAAAUCCGGCCCGAAUUCAAAACUUUUAUUAUUACAAUUAUUUAUUAUCAUUAUUAUUAUUUUUUUUUUACUUAAUAUAUUCUAGUUCAUGUGAAUUUAUAAAUGAAAUUUUCUAUUUGCAUCACACACUCACACAACCACACAUAAUAUUGUUAUGUAAGUAAACUCGCAACUUUAUAUUAUCGUGUAAAAAAAAAAUUUUCCGAGGUUUCAGCAGCAAAUUAAUUAUGUACGUGAUUCAACAGCAACGAUUACACUUUAAAAUAAAUUAUUAUCGUAUAACAACAGAGUGUAUAGUAUAUACCGCGUAUAUAAUAAUAAAAUAUACGCCCACGUAUGCACUUAUGCCUAUGCUUAAUAAACCCCAUUCGUCGUAUUUGAUGGCAUUAUCAUGAUAUCUGACUAAAUAUUUUACUCUCUAAACUGUUAUCAUUAUUAUUAUUAUUAUUAUAAUUAUUAUUAAUAAUAAUAUUAUUAUCACUACAUGUAUAUAAUAUCAGUUACCAUGAUAUAUUUUGCUGUCAAAUAUUAUUUACGUAAUUAUGUAAUUGUAAUAAUUAUUGUUAUUGUCAUUAUCACUACCUGUUCUUUCUUCAUUUAAAAUAAAUUUAACAACGAUUAUUUACCGAUUAAAAUAAUCGUUAAUUUACUAAUAAUUAUAAUUAUAGAUUUUAGUAAAUAUAAUAUUACUAUUGUUACUAUUGUCAGUAA